AUGGACACAGAGCACGACGGCCUCCGCAAGGACGGUCAGCCUGACCAGCGCGUUGGCGGCGAGUUCGCCGGCGGCAAGGUUGAUCCCGUCGAGGCCGGUAAGAAGGGUGGACAGACUGGCGGGACUGCCGGAGGGCAAGCGUCUGGAGGCAGCGAUGGUGAUGACUACAAGCCUACCGAGCAUGGAGGCAUCCGCAAGGAUGGUCAGCCUGACGGUCGUGUAAAGGGCAAUUAG